AUGGCGGGUGAUCUCGAGAAGGCGUCACCAGUCAAUGGCGCUGAGUCGUCUUCCACAACAUCUUCGAUAACAUCGUCGCCAGUUUUAGAACCUAUCAGGGCCGUUGAAUCGCGCCGCAGCCGGCGACGCGACCCUGAUUUUUUUGAGCCAUUGGAGCAUGCUCUCACCCCGGAUCUUGAGACAGAGGCGGAGCGUGAGGCUCGCGAGCCCAUCACUUACACACAGACCGGCACGAGCGUAACGAGCAACGCAUCUCGGCCUGCCGACUUCGAGGUUUUCUUUCAAGAUGGCGAUCCUGAAAACCCCCGGAACUGGUCAAAGGCGUAUCGCUACUGGAUCGUUGUCUGUGUCUCAUACUCCACGUGGGUGGUGGUUUUGUACAGCACAUGCUACACAGCAUCAGUCUCUGGCCUGGCGAAAGAAUUCGAUGCUACGACUACAGUAGCGACGUUGGGUUUGACUACAUACUUGCUUGGCCUUGCCGUCGGAAGCCUCAUUGUAGCGCCUCUGAGCGAGCUGUAUGGCCGACAAAAAGUAUACAUCGUCUGUUUGCUCGCUUGGGCGUUGUUAAUUCUGCCUUGCGCCCUGGCCACUUCGUUGACGGAGAUCAUUGUUGUGCGAUUCUUUUGUGCAUUGUUUGGUGCCGCCAUGAUCUCAAACAGUCCUGGCACUAUCGUCGACAUCACAGAUCCAGAUCAUCUUGCUGCUGCUAUGUCCAUGUGGUCAAUCGCUCCCCUGAAUGGGCCCUCUACUGGGCCCGUCAUUGGAGGUUUCGUAUUCCAAUACUUGGGCUGGCGAUGGGAUGCCUGGAUUCCUCUGAUGCUCGGUGGUGUAGGUGUUGCCAUGAUGCUCACGGUCAAAGAGACAUACCACCCAGCUAUCUUAAAGAAAAAGGCUGCGCGACUCCGCAAGGAAAACGACGAUCCGCGGUAUUGGUGCCAGUAUGACCAGAAGCUGUCAACCUGGCAUCUCAUCAAGAUCAACAUGAGUCGUCCUUUUAUUCUAUUAGCAACUGAGCCCAUUUUGUGGUUCAUGGAUAUCUGGAUCUCGCUGAUUUAUGCCAUUCUCUAUCUUUGUUUCGUUGCAUAUCCCAUCGUUUUCUCACAACACCGUGGUUGGAACGCAGGAAUAUCCGGCUUGGCCUUUAUCGGCAUAGGUGUGGGCACAAUGAUGGCUAUCUUUGCCGAACCUCUCUUCAGACGCAUCAUCAACUCUCAACCUCGAGAUCCUGUGACUGGCAAGCCUCUGCCCGAGGCCACGGCUUUGGUCAUGGCAAUUGGCGCGGUCCUGACACCCGUGGGUCAGCUCGUUUUUUCAUGGACGUGUCUGCCAGCAUCUAUCCAUUGGGCCAUUCCGAUUGCGUUUGGCAUACCUUUCGGUGCAGGCAACACGAUCUCUUUCAUCUACGGCUCAAACUACCUGGCGGGGACGUAUUCCAUAUACGCUGCCAGCGCACUCGCUGGUAACGCGGUUCUUCGAAGUAUUGCUGGAGGCGUCUUGCCUCUGGCUGGUCCCAAGAUGUAUGCAGCCAUGACUCCUCAGUGGGCAGGCACUCUCCUGGGCCUUCUCGAGGUCGCAAUGAUUCCAAUCCCGUUCGUUUUCUGGAGGUACGGAGCCAAGAUUAGAGCCAAGAGCCCUACCGUUAUAGCUCUGAGGGAAGAACAGGACAGGGUUGAUGCUAAGAGGGCUAAAUACCAGAGGAAAUUGGAUAAGAAACAGAAACGGGAGACGGAGGAAGCGAAAGCAGCCGAGGGAGGUGUUCUGGAGAAAACUGCAAGCAAGUAA